CUCGUCUUCAUCUUCACCGUCGCUCCUUCGUACCCUUACUCUACAAACCAAGCCUCAAGCCGACAAGAUGUCUAUAUCCCAGGCAUCACUCUCGGUCGCAAUCUUGGCCUCCACCCUGGGAACCUACAUAGGCCUCCUAAACCCCAACCCCGAACCACCCCAAAAACCAAACGACGACCUUCACCACCACAACAGCCAACAUCACCAUCACCAACCGCAAACCAAACACGCAGACUCGAUCCGCUGGAUGCACCUCACCCACAGACACACACCCAAAGUAAUCCUCCUCCCCCUCGCCCUCCUCUCCCUCCACCUCGCAGCCCUCACCCUCUACGCACCCAACAUCCCGCCCUCCAUCCUCCGCCACGGCGCCGAAAACGGCCUCAGCGCCUCCCUAACAACCUGGUCCGCCUCAACCCUCCUCCCGCUCGCCGCAAUCUUCUUCGCCGGCGUCCCGCUCCGCCUCGGACCCUACCGCUCCCUCGGGAAAAACUUCACCUUCCAGCUCACGAAACCGGAUCAGCUCAAGACGACGGGGAUUUAUCGGUACCUUCAGCACCCGAGCUACACGGGCGUCAUUGUCCUCGUGCUGUCGAAUGUCGCGCUGCUGGCUAGGCUCGACGGCGUGCUGAGCUGCUGGGUUGCGCCGGCGUGGCAUCAGGGGCUGAGGAGCGUGCAGUGGGUUCUUGGUCCUGCUGCGUGCUGUGUGUUUUUGUUUGGGGUGUGGACGAGGGUGAGGGAGGAGGAGGGCAUGUUGAGAGAGGAGUUUGGGGAGAAGUGGGAGAGGUGGCAUGCUUCCACGGCGCGGUUUGUGCCGUAUGUAUUCUGA